CAGCGGCCACUACAUGACCAGUCGAUGAUGAUGUUAGUCAAACGGAAUGGGGUUGAGGGUGGAUUAAUUCUGCACCAUGAAUGACAGGUACCACAAGGCGGCCCGGGAUGGCUACCUGGACCUGCUGAGGGAGGCAACUCGGAAGGAUCUCAACGCACCGGACGAAGAUGGGAUGACACCGACGUUAUGGGCCGCUUACCACGGCAACCUGGAGGCUCUGCGGCUGAUCGUCGGAAGGGGAGGAAACCCUGACAAGUGUGACAUAUGGGGGAACACACCACUUCAUCUGGCAGCUGCCAAUGGCCACCACAACUGCCUCUCCUUCCUGGUCUCUUUUGGUGCCAACAUAUGGUGCCUGGACAACGACUACCACACGCCAUUGGACAUGGCCGCCACAAAGACCCACAUGGAUUGUGUCCGGUACCUGGACUCCAUUGCUGCCAAGCAGACAGCCCUGAACCCCAAACUGGUCAGCAAGCUGAAGGACCGGGCAUUUCGUGAAGCUGAGCGGCGGAUCAAACAGUGUGUGAAGAUGCAGAAGAAGCACCACAAGCGCAUGGAGCGAAAGUUUCACAGAGAGGCAUCAGAGGCUUCUGUAUCAGAUGUCAUGAGCUUUUCCAGUUACACCAGCAGCUCUGUGAGCCGCAAGCUCCACAACUUCAAUCCAGCCACUGUCAGUGUGCCAUAUUCUCAGGCUACUCUUCAUGCCACAAACCGGGGGAAGACAAAGAUCCAGAAGAAGUUAGAGAGGAGGAAACAAGGGGAUGGGACCUUCAAAAUCUAUGAGGAUGGAAGGAAGAGUGUGCGUUCCCUCUCUGGGCUUCAGCUGGGCAAUGAUGUCAUGUUUGUCAAACAGGGAACCUAUGUCAACCCAAGGGACCGUGGCCGUCGCAACAUUCGUGACAUGUUCCCUGGAAACAAUGACGAUGCCAUCUCACGUGCCAUGAGUGAGCCGGACUUACAUGGGCCCGAUGUGGACUAUUCUGAGAUCAGCACUGACUCAGGACACGACUCUCUGUUCAACCGGCCUGGUCUGGGCACCAUGGUUUUUAGGAGAAACUAUGUGAGUGGAGGGAUGUUUGGCCUUGGUGGACGGGAUGAUGCCAGCGUGGGGGACAUGAACCGGUCAGGCAACGCUGUACGUUUACGCAGCAGGCUGGAGCAUGCUCCCAGUCUGUAUGAAGACAGCAUUGGCAGUGCACAUAGCUUGCAGGAGAGGAAUGUGGAGGAGUUGCCUUGGGAUGAGGUGGAGCUUGGGCUGGAUGAUGAUGAUGAGCCUGAGACAAGCCCCCUGGAGGUCUUCUUGGCCACCCAGAGCAUGACUGAGUUCAUCUCCAUCUUCAAAAGAGAGAAGAUCGACCUUGAUGCACUAUUGCUAUGCUCUGACCAUGACCUCAAGAGCAUCCACAUCCCCUUAGGACCAAGGAAGAAGAUCUUAGAUGCCUGCAAGAGACGCCUGGAGACCAUUGAGGAUCCAGACUGCAUUGAAGACACAGAAUUAUAAUACCACUUGUUGAAGGUGAUCCUCCCUCCAUGUUCUCAUAGUCUAAAAGGUCAGUGGACUACUGUGAAGAGCAUGACAUGUAUAGACUGGGAGAAGUUAAUGAUUUACCUUCUCUGGUAACCCUGUGGUAAUAAAGCAAAAACGACAUUGUCAAGAUAAAUAUGUCAAACAAAAAGAGAUUAGCCUGAGCUAAAGCUUAACAAGAUUUUUUUUUUUACCUUGUCUUGUUGGACUCAGGAAAAUCACUGAAAAUAUCUCGGGAGGCUCACAGAGUUACUGGAGUCCAUUGCACUGCAUGACUGAACAAAGUGAAUGAUGAUUAUCAGAGAACAGUGUCCUGCAGUGGCAUUGUAUGCCAUGUGGCAUAAUUAAUGAAGAGUUGAUGAUGGGGUCCGUGCCCCAGGAACAUGUUUACCCCUGUGGGGUUAGACCUACCAUCUCAUGUGCCUGCAUUGCUUGUGCCUGUGCAUUUGUUAAAAUGUAUUUUCUAAUUAAAUCUUUUGACAUUGACUAAAGUCAGUUCACUAAUGUCUUCUGUCAAAGCUUUGUGCACAAUAUCUUUCCCUAAUUCAUUCAGCUGAUGUACUUUUAUUAAAUUCAUGUUUACAUACAGUAAGCCAUCUCAAUUCAUGUUUGGCUCACUGACAAUGAAGGCCAAUUGUCUGCAGAGUCACUGAGCAAAUGUGUUGAAUUUUAGUUUGUUUUAGGUGAAAUUGUAGUGUUUUGUGCUGUAUGAAAACACACAAUCUUUAGGUAAAUAAUUUUCUAAUGCACAAAGUAGGAUGUUGUAGUUCUGUAUUUUGUAUUUUACAUGUGAAUUCACAGUGAAGUUUAUAUGAACCAUUAUAUAUCACUCAUAUCAGUCUUGUCAAUGUGGCAGUCUUCCAACAGUGUGUGUCUUGAGUAUUUCACCAGAAACGUUGGAAAAGGAGAUAUCUGUCAACAUCU